AUGCCACCACUUGCUAAGAAGCGUAAAUCCCAUUAUUCCACUACUAGCUCGCUGGAGUUGCUCAACAAACCGCAAUCUCGAAGACACACCACUCACAAUGAGAGGAGCAUUUUUGAUGUUCCCGAAUCACCCCAAUUGGCAACGCGCUCUGUGCAGCGCUACGGACUUCGCCGCCAAAACAACUCUUCAAUACAACAAUCCAGCGAGGCCGACCAAGAGCAAGUCGAAUCAUCCUCCGAGCUCGAUCAAGAGCAACCCGAGCCAUCACCAGAGCCCAAUAGGGAACAGUACAAUCCGUUUUACGAGCUCAAUCAGAGGCAAUCGAGUUCAUCUUCCGAGGGUGAUCAGAUAGACGAUGCCCCCGACCCAAGUGACGAUGAAGGCCAUGUGGAGGCGACCAACAUAUAUUUGCAGGAUCACAAGGUAGAAGACCAAGAAGAGUCCCAAAACGAGCUGGAAAGUGUUCCAUAUGGGGGAGGUGAAGAUCAAGAGACCCAAAUCCAGGAUUUUCACAACGAAGAGAUCCAGAGUCGGCACGGUCAGAGCGAGGAAAGCCCAGAUGAAAAUUCACAACACGAAUUCCAAGACGAGAGAGAAGAGGAAACUUACGCAAGCAACCCUCGGUCAAAAAGCCUCGACGCGCUCCAGGUCGUCAUUCGUGAGAGCGUAGAGAGAGGCCCACGACAAAAUAGCGGUGUCACUUCGCAAGGCUCCAGUAAAAGUGUGCCAGAGACACCACAGCCCACGACUCGAUCGCGCAGGGCGCGUAAGGUACGUCAGGAAGGUCUAAGUACUGGCGGGCUCGAUGCCGAGAUGUCAGAUCACAAUGUAGCUGAGCUCCACGAAGGCAUUGCCAAGCUAGAUCAUGAUUUGAAAGAUUGGCUGGCAACAAAGGUCCAAAGUACCCGUUGGAGUGACGACUGGAUGCUCUUCUAUGAACGCGCUUUCGAAUUGCCAAAAUACAUCACUAGUCCUAUGCCAGAAUCAUUCAAUGAUGCUUUCAAACUCAUCGAAACCAUGACAAGUCUGUUCAAAGAUCUCGAAAACCUACCAGUUGACCUGGGGACGAAAGUCCAAAACCUCCGUGCUGCUACAUUUACUGAAAUAAAAGGCAUACUGAACUUCAACGAAGUACCAAACGAGGAUCUGGAUCGAGAGAUAGCCGGCCACUUGGUCAUUAAUGUUGAAGGCUACCUAUUACCACACAUCGCCAUCAUGAUCAUGCUGAGUUUCAGGGCAUACACUCAGUACGGAGUACCGGCCUCCACGGCCUUCGACGAUAGCCUAGGGCUAAUGGUUGAUUGUUCUGAACGAAUCAAUGCUCUUCGAGAGUAUUAUGAAUCCAAGCUCAACCUUCAACGGUCCUGGCGCCUUGGAAUACGGGCAAAGAAUUUCAAGCAAGCACUUCAGAAGAACCAGUUGAGAGAGUUUCUAGCUGCAGAAGCACAAGCACCUGUCGAGACACCGAGACUUCCCCCGACUUUACACGGAUGGACACGAUCAGAGGAAUCGUGGCUCUGUGAUGCGUGGGAGCAGUACGAUUCAAGUGAACCAGAUGAACGAUUCAUUUUAAUCAAAACGCACCUUGCAUCUCAAUUCUCACGGCACACUAUAAGUUCUCUAAGGCUCAAGGCUCGUGAGCUUUUGUUGGAUUCCUAA